AUGGCAUCCAAGACAAGGCAGACGAAACAAGACCCCGAGCGUGCUGAGGAAAGCAAGGAGGCAGUAAGAACCAAGAGUGGAGAGAUAUCCAAAGGAGUAAGUGACAUGGAAAUACCUGUCAAGGAGAGGAAAUCAUACCUGCAGAAGGAAUACAAGAUUCUCACUGAACAUCUGAACACAUACAUGGGAAGAGUGGAGCAUUUCCUGCAGGAAAAUAAGUUCCUAGAAAAGGAAGCCCAACGGAUUCAGGAAGAGAGCCAUGCUUACCUCUCUUACAUAACGAAACGCAGUCAGAACCGCCAGAACCUGAUAAUAACAUUAAAUGACCAGAAUCACACCGAUCUGUCCCACAUCCGGCUGCAGAAAGAGGAGCUGAUGUCACAGUACAAAGAAAAAGAGAAGGCGGUAAGGACCCCUCUGACAAAUAAGGAGACCAAGUACUCUCUUCUGACCAAAGAGGUUGAAGAGCUGCAGGCUUUCCAAGGCCCCUCUGUUCAGCUGGAACACACGAAAAGGAUUCAAGAGCUGGAGCAGGAAUUGCUGGUCACAAGGAUACAGCACUCAGAUGAAAUGCACAAAAUCAAGAGCAGAUUCCUGCAAGCCCAGGCUGACUGUAAGAGGGACUCGCAGCAGAAGAUCCGGAGUUUCACCAGGAGAGCAGAAGCCGCAGCCAUGCAGUCUCUGAUUCAGCACAUCGAACAGCUGAGAGCAGAGAACUGGCAUCUGCGCCAGGAAUUGCUCAGGCUCAUCCAAUACUCUAAAAUCCUCAGAGAAAGCAAAAUUCAGCUGAGAGCGCAGCAGCAGCAGCUUCUGCGAGAGCAGCGGUACACUCAGGACACAG